GAACCCUGGGAAAAAAAACAAGAUGGCGGGACGUUCGAAAACACAGCGGAGUGGGCGAGUUCACAACAACGUAAACACGCACCGAUAGCGGCCCGGCGCCAUGAACCGGGCCCGCGGGGAGGCCGGGAACCCGGGCGGGCUGACGGGAGCAAAGCCGAACCGCCUGAGGAGGAGCUGCAGGCGGACUCAGGAGACUCAGGAGACCCAGGAGACUCGCGUCGCCUCUCCAAAGAGCCAACAUCCGGAUUUUAAGACCCCGACCAGGAUCCCAAGACCCAGAGCUGCUGCUGGUUUCACUGUAGAGUCUCCAAACAACGACUCUGACUUUCAGCAGGACAUCAUCUGGGACGCCACCUCUCCUUCACCCAACAGACUCGGCAAAAGAGGCAAGAAACAGAAGCCUCCUGGAGUUGUGGACAUCUCAGAGAUCGUUAGUAGGAUCGCUCCAAAGCAUGGCAGACCGAAGGUUGCAGAGCCGACGUUACAGCAGUGGAUCGGAGACAGCGCUACCAUUCCCUGCACGCCAGAUGUUCAAGUUCCCAAACCCAAGAAGAGAUCCCCGCGGCCGAACGGAGUGGACGACCUGCUGAAGCUCGCCAAGCAGUUUGACUUCAACAUGUUCCGUCAGGAUGAAGAAGAAGUCGAGGACCAGCACCAGCAGAGUCUGGAGCUCCUGUCAGAGGACAUCUUGGAUUUGGAGAACGAUGAUCAAAACAACGUUUCACUUUCGCUUCCCGUGAGUUGUCAACCAGCUGUGAAGGUGGAGGCGGCGGCCGGGACAGAUGUGCCGCUCCACCUGGAUCAACAUAUGGAGGACGAUUUGGACUUCCUGUUUGAUGGACCGACGCAACAUAUAAGCGUAAAUCUCAGUCAGGUUUCGUCAGCUCAGCAGUCACAAGUCAAACCAGCUUCCAAAGAGGCUUCUGGGAAACCGCCUGCCUUCUCACUGGGUCCCACUUCUUGUGUUUCCACGACGAUCACUAAAGGCACUUCAGCAAAAGACGAGUUCGAGGACGAUUGGGACAACGAUGACCUGCUGAACGACUCUUUGGUGUUGGAGAUGACACAAAAUCCACAGAAGUUCACGGCUCCGCAGCACUGUUCAACCCAGAAACCACCCAGUCAAAGGGAAAGUCCAGCAAACGUAGAAGUCCAAUCAGCUGCUUCUAAAGUGGAAAAGGACAACGUGCGACCAAGAAUGACUUUCAAACUGGAGCCUAAUCCUAACUUUUCUCUCAAAAGAACACAGUCGGACACAUGGACAAACUCAAAGGUGGAUUAUGGCUCAAAAACAGCUCCUAAAGACACUCGGCAGAUCAAGUUUUUAUCUCCUAACAGCGUUUUAGUUGAGGCUGGAUCUCAGCGUACCUGGCAAACAUCAAACACGGUGAAAUCCGAUCCACAAAUACCGCAGUUUCAUCACCAAACUUCUGUUUCCAAACAAACCACGACCGCAUCGAACACAUCGGCUACAAACACAGCUCAAAGCGUUCCGAUGAAACCUGCGUCGGUUUCGUCCCGCAGCGAGGCGCCCGCCGUCCCGGACCUCCUGGAUGAGGAUCUGUCCUCGUUCUUCACGUCGGACCCGGUUUGGGACGACCCGGCCGACGACGACCUGCUGUGUGAAAUGUGCGAAGACGUGGAGAGCCAGAUCCAGAGCGCCGAGAACGUGACCGUCAAACAGACUCCUCCCGGGGGUCACAUGUCGAACCAGAGAGCAUCUCUGCCGCCGUCCACCAAGAACCUACAGCCAACCAAUCAGCAACCUCUUGACCCCCCCAAAAAACCAUCAACAAAUCUUAUGAGUGCUUCUGGAAGACCAGCAGUUCCUUUUGCUUCAGGAAAACCAGCUGGCACUUCAUUGACCGGUGGUUUCGUCUCUAGCAUCACUGCAGAUGUACAGAUGAAGGAUUCUUUCAGAUACACACAAACAAAAAACACUUUAGGAUCGACGAACGCCUCGACACGGACGCAGGCGAGCAGCCGGGUCCAGCCAGCGACGCGGGGAAACCCCAGCAAAGACCAGUUCACCUUCAAGAAGCCAAACAGCCCGGUUUCUACUGGGACCAGCAAAGUUCCUGGUAAAUGUUCAGCAGCUGAGAUCGAGCUGAAGAAGCAGCAGGCGAUGGAGAGGAGACGACAGAAAAAGCAGGCGACCCAAAACACCCGAGCUCCAACCUGACGGAGACAGACCGUCUCACCUCACCUGCCUGAAGAGUAAACCAGACUGCUGAAGUGCUGUCGGAGCUCCACCUGUUCAGCACGGCCGUUAGCUGUUAGCUCUGUUUGUUAGCCAAAUACAUUUUCUGAUGACUGUCAGAUGUUUCUCCAACAUUUCUUGUAUAAAUAUAUGAAAAUGAAACUACAGGUACUGUAAUUUCAUCUUCAUGUCGUAUUUCAAAUCUCUCAGAUUUCUUUUUAAAGGUUUUUUUAAUAAUCAAACCAUGUUCUUGUGUCUUAACAGGAAUAGUUCUACGAAUUGGGAAAUACACGUAUUUGAUGACAAGUACAGAGUUGCAGUCAGGAUGUGCUUAGCCUAGCUUAGCAUAAAGACUGGAAGCAGAGGGAAACAGCUAGCAUUGCUCUGUAUGAAAUUCAAAAAUACAUUUAGCAACACCUCAAAAACUCACUGAGGCGAGGCUAGCAGUUUCCCCCUGCUUCCAGUCUUUAAGCUAAGCUAGGCUAACCACGUCCAGAUCUAUACUCAUUCAACACAGACUCGAGUUUGGUAUCGAACUCAUGAAAAGAAAGCGAUUUAAUGUAUGUGUUGAACUUUUCCUUUUAAGGCCAGGUUUUAUUACUAUAGUUGUAAAGUACAUUUUGUAAUCUGUUUUUGAUUACCAACUACAAACUAAAGUUACUUGUUAUUUAAUAUGUACCAGCUUUGGCUCUUAAUUUGUGUAAUUUAUAUUUAAAAGUAUCACCCUUUUCCCCAGAAUAUUGGAACCAAACUCCAUUUCUGCACAUUAAUGAAUCUGUCUAUAGAUAAAUAACUUAAACCGUCAAUUCAUUUGGAGGGUAAAUUGCACUCAAAUGAAGAGAUGUAUAUCAGUUCAAUUUCAUGCUAGCAGUUUUUAGUCAAAUUUAUUUCUCUUUUUUUUUUUUCUGAUCAUGAACACAAGGAGUCACUUUUCUAACCUGUCUGUCUACAACGUCUGUUUUUUUCAUGUUCAUUCACUUUAUUUUCUUUGAAGCACUUUACCGGAUUGAAAAGUGUUUUACCAAUAAA